CAACUCUCUUCUGGGUCCACCUUGGCUUGAGGAUUGAGAACUGUGAAGCCUUUAAUCUGAGCCGUUGCUUUGAAGUUGAUUUUUAAUUUUAACAGUUAGAACUCAAGGGUUUAUGAAAUCCAAUUAGACAGGACUAUAGAAAUGCCAAUCAACUUUAUGAUAACAGAAGUCUUGAAAGGCCAUGACAUUUCAGACAUCUCCACAGUAAAAGGGACCAAAGGAAGAGUCCUCAGGAGCUUUGGGAAGACAGCAACAACAGUUAUGGCAGCAAACAAAGCCAGUGAAACCUCAGAGGGGAUUAAAUUAAUGCAAGCAGUGUGCAAAUGUAUUUAUUUGUUUGUGCAUUUACACCACUUUCCUGCUGACUUUCAGAGUUUGGUCUUAACUGGAGACUGAGAGAUUAGUGUAGGAGGACGCCAGGGUGGAGAUGAACAAGUUGAUGUUUUGAUUUUCCCAAUAGUCAUGGCAAAAAUCAAACAAAGAGGAAGUCUUGAGUGUCUCUUUUCUCCGCAGAUACGUCUCAAAACAAUGUUUGGAUUUUCAAAAACAAAACAUGACAAUAUACUCGCAUUUAAUGAAGGCAGUCGUUCAAAACGACGAAGAAACCUCACAGUUAUAUCCAAAAAUACAACCACAAGAAGACAAUAAUAUACAGAUUUAAGGGUAUUUACCUCAUAAAUGAAAGUUGAAACUAUCACCUGUUGCUCCGCCAAACUUCCACGCGCAUGACGCAGCCACGCGCCGCUGCGGUGGGUGUGUGGCGCGAGCCUUCAUCCUUCUCUGACGUGAGACAGAAACUGUCAGGAGAGCUCGGAGUUUAAAAAAAGAAGGAGGGAAGCCAUAGAAGACGUGAAAGAAGAGUCAGAGAGGGACAUGAAGACCUGCCACCGCCAGCCUGCGCAGCGUGGAGCCCCCAGCAGCAGCAUGAGCCCCCCCAGCACGGCCAGCAUCACUGUCGCUGCCCUCCUCGUCCUCUCCAUCCCAGCCUGCACGGGUGCUCCGGCAGACUUUCCGCUGGCUCCGACAGAUCCGAGGCAGCUGCUCCGCCAGAUAGAUGCUGUGUGCACGUCCUACCUUCAUACAGACCUGAAGUUCUGGGCGUCGGAUCUCAUAGGAGAACUCUGUGUGAUGAUGCUGGUUCAGAACUCAAAGGAGCGUAGAGUGGAAGAAGACACUAAAAGGACCUCUGAGUUACAUCCUCUUCUGUAUUUAGUGUCCCAACUCCACACCAGAAGGGAGAGAGAGCUCUCCAUGCGCGCUGAACUCCAGGGGCCCGGGGGAAUUGAGAGCAGAGGCUACUUUUUAUACCGGCCACGAAAUGGACGAAGAUCUUUAGAAUAUGAAUGAAGAAAAGCCCCAACCCACGUGCAGGAAGAUGACCCUGAGACCUGAACCCCAGCAGCAUGCCAAUCCAGACUCCAACCACAGCCUUCUGCCACUGCUGUACAGUGAUGUUUGAAUGUGCAAUAUCAAAAUGAACUAAAGUACCACUUGUUUGUUCAGAUUUCUUUUUUGUGUGUGUGUGUUGUGCGUGGGUCAUUUGCAUUAAAAAAGCUACAAAUUAAACAUGUGUAGUUUGAUUACUUUGCAACCUUGAGAGCACUUGA